CUUUUGGAGGCUUGACUUGACGGACGGCCCUGUUGUAGCGCAUGGCACAGACCAUAGAUUUCCUGGCUUUCAGCCCAAAAGAGUGUUAGUUUGGCGGAUGUUUGCUUGUCGGACAAGGUUUUUGAUUGCAAGAACGUUUGAACGCACGGAUUCCUAACUUGAAGGUCAUGUGAUCAUUGUGAUACCUGGUGGCUCCAGAUGGGAACAGUGGGACGGUUGUAGGAGCUCAACUGGGCAUGGCAGUCUCAAACUUGUCGCAACUACAGAAGUUUCAGGCCGAGGCGAGAGACACCCCGGCUGGAGGUGGGCGCUCUCGGAGCACUUCGGUGGGUAGCUCGCAGAAGAGUCUCCCAGGUGCAUGGGCGAGCCCACCUGAGAAGAGUGCUGCUUGCAGCUCCAAAGGUGAAACUCGCAUGGAGAUUGAAAUGGCCGAUGUGCUUGAUGUCCUUGGUCUCCAACAGCCUUUGGCUGAGCCUUUGUCUCAGCUUCCUCUUUUCCCCAAGGUCACCACCACCUUUGACGACUUCCUCUCGCCAGCCAAUUCCCCGCGUGGGUCUGAUGCAUCUUCACCAGUCGCUCCUCCAGGCUUGACACUCGAUCCCAUUCAAAGCCAAAUGGCACAGCCUGCCAUGGCUUUUUGGGAGACAUUGGAGCCAGCUGCGCCAAUGGCUCCAGGCGCUGUUUACCCUGAAGCAACGCCAUGGCCACAGCCCAACUACGUGGCGAGUGGUGUGCCCUCUGUGGGUUCGGCGAGUCAUGGCACAGGCCAAUGCAAGCCCUGCGCCUUCCAUCACACCAAGGGAUGGGAGAAGAAGCGCCGCCAAAAGGAGAAGCAACAAGCUGCCAAGGUCAUUUGCAGCUUGACCAUCUCAUUUGCUAAGUGUCCAGAGGCAUGGGCGCUCGGUGACGGCAUACCGCAAAAGGUGCUAUCGCCGGCCUACUUGUCCUAUUCACCACCCAGCAUCGUCAGAGAGCCCGGACGACUGGACGCAACACGCGAGCCAGCCUUGGUGACGGCAAUCCGCCCUCCACCAGGUUUGGAGCAUCUUGAUGCUUCGGCAUCGCCCCUACACCUCCCCUCACCUGAGCCCUUGGGCCCCUUGGAGGCUUUUGGGUCUCUAGACGCAUAUCUCAAGGAGUCGUCCAAUAUUCCAAGCAUCCCACCCCCACAGUUCGAAGCCCCUCGUCUCGAGUUGAAGGAGACGCCCCCGGCACCCCAUCAAGAGCCUUGCCUGCGGCUGGCCUUGCUACAAUACUUGCCCAACACGGAGCCAAUACCGAUCCAUGACAAAACCUCUUGCAGACCUUGCGCCUUCUUCCACACGAAGGGUUGCCAAAAUGGCACACAAUGUGAGUUCUGCCACAUUUGUCCUCCCGGUGAGAAGAAGAGACGUCAAAAGCUUCGGCGCAAGGAUGGCAAGAUCAAGAUGUGA